UUCAUGCUUUUUAGAAAUGGCGGAUGGCGUGGCGAAUUCUACGACUGUUCGUGACUUCAGUAGAGUUGUUUUAACUUUAGAGAAUGUAUUAAUUCCACCCGAGAAGCUUUCAGAAUCUCCUUCUCUGCAGGAUGGUCUUGACAGCGAAACUGAGACAGAUCUCAGAAUUUUAGGAUGCGAAUUAAUACAAACGUCCGGUAUCUUGUUAAAACUUCCACAGGUGGCUUUGGCAACAGGUCAAGUACUUUUCCAGCGUUUCUAUUAUUUGAAGUCGUUUGUGAAGCACAACAUGGAGGUUGUUGCCAUGGCUUGUGUUAACCUGGCAUCCAAGAUAGAGGAGCAUCCACGGCGACUACGAGACGUCAUUAAUGUUUUCCACCACAUCAAGCAGGUCCGGUAUGGCAGAACGAUACAGCCGCUGAUACUGGACCAGAACUACAUCAAUGUGAAGAAUCAAAUCAUCAAGGCAGAGCGCAGGGUCCUCAAAGAGCUCGGCUUUUGUGUGCACGUAAAACAUCCGCACAAGAUUAUUGUUAUGUACCUGCAAGUACUUGAUUGUUAUGAGAACCGCAAACUAGUCCAAUGUGCCUGGAACUACAUGAAUGACAGCUUCAAGACGAGUGCCUUUAUGAAGUAUCAUCCAGAAACAAUUGCCUGUGCCUGUAUUUAUCUUGCUGCAAAACAGUUGCAGAUUCCUCUACCCAAUGACCCGCCUUGGUUUGUGAUAUUUGAUGUAAAGGAGGUGGACAUUCGAGACAUUUGCAUCUCACUACUGAGAUUGUAUCAUAGGUCAAAGCCAAACUGCGAUGAACUGGAGAAGAUUGUGGACAAGGCCAAGAAACUGCAGGUCGAAGCCAAGCUUAAAGCAAGAGGACUGUCUGCAGAGUACGGCACGCCUAAUUCUACCUCACGAACAAAUUCUCCGAAGAAUGCUAGCCCGAACCCAGCAGCCUCGGUCAGCUUGAAGAGAGUCAAAACUGAAGAGGACAGUAGGUCGGAGUCUGGUUCAAAAUACACAAAUCAUUCCUCCAAAAAGCAAGGUCACGGUGAUAGUGACCCCAGUUCUUCAGGUCGAUCCAGAUCCUCAAGAUCCAGUCGCAGUAGAAGUUUCAGCCCCGUGCUGAGAAAAAAAUACAGAAAUUCUUCUCCUAAGAAAUACAAGAAGGAUAAACAUCUGACACCUGAUAGGUACAUCUUCAAAGAAAAACGUGCCCACAAAAGAAAACGCCUAUCUGUGAGUCGGAGUCGGUCGCGGUCCUUAGAUCGUUACGCUUCCAAGUAUACUAAAAAGCAUUACAAGGAGCGGGAGCGAGACAGAGUAGAUGUGUACUCCCCCGAGCGACACAAGUCUAAGAAACAUCGCAACGGCCACCAUCGCAGUGCGUCGCGCGAGAGAGAGCGACACGAGAAGUAUGAUCGGUACAGUCGAAGAUGACGCAGAGUCAGACUAGCAUGCGAUGUGGGAAAUGUUUGCAAUACGGGUUGAUAGUGGUGCGUUUUUCAUGGGUUCAGUUCCUUAUUCCUACGGAUUGAUGUAAAAGCAUUGAUGUGCAGCACAUCUGUAGGACAAUUUUCAUUAAGAGCAACGUGUUGGGUACGUUUGAUCAUUUUAUCUGAUUUUUGCAUUUACCUUAAUUUGACACCAAACAGUCGUGCUGGGGUGUCAUUAAACAUUCAUUUAUUCAUUCAUUUAUUCAUUCAUGAGACAGAAUUCAUUGUAAACAGAAAUUUAUUCAAUACAGAAACAUAUUUUUCUUCUUCUUUUUUCUUAUAAAUCGAAGCUGGCUCUUAUCUAUUCCAGACCGAUUAAAAUAAUUAUGAUACAACAAAAUCUUAAUGUACGAUCCAAAGUGACCGAGGUCCUUUAAAGGUAUGCACCUCUGAAAAUUGCAAGAAGAACUAUGAUUUUUUGUGUAGCCUAUUUUGUCCAUUGCACAUUAAAUUGAGCACAUCGUACUGACAGUUGUGACACGUUUGACAGAAAUGAAAUGGGUUCACAGUAAUAUUUCUAGUGUAAUUUAUAAAAUGAUUUCUGAGGUCUAGAGUGGUCACUGUUGUGUGGCCGUGAGUCUGGCAAUGUCUGUGAGAAAUUGUGUGCCACUAUAAAAAUUUCACUGGUAAUGGUGAUGAUUCUCCCUUGACUUUCAGUUUAAUAGUUUAAACUUUAUCCCUAUGAAACAUGUCUCUGUAAGUUGGAGGUGUGUAAUUUAGUUCUGUUAAAACAUGAUAAAAUAAGUUAAAAAAACAACUUUUGAUUUUAUUAUUAUUGUUAUUUAUAUUUUUUAAACUUUUAAUGAUGUAGAAGGGUGGACACUACCUUACUGAAUGCAAUAAUUUAUUUUUGUUUAUUUAACCUUGAUAGCAUUUUUAGGUCAACUGAGGUUAUAGAGAGAAAUGCAUGUAUGCACUAAUUUCUUUGACCUUUCUUUAAAAUUACUAUUUCAAUCGGAUUUUGUGGGAAGCUUCCUUAGCACAUGAGGAAAUAAAAUAAUUAAUUUGGUUAUCUUAAGCACCUAGGGGCCUGAGGAGAUGGGGGUUUUUGUUACAAAAUAGGAACAUCUUGUUAACGGUCGAUUGAAAGUUCACAAAUCACUAACUAGUCUUUGGUUUCAAGUCAUGAAAGUUUUUAAACAAUUGUAUACAACAACAUUAACAGAGCUGUUUGAUGAUAACAUGAAGCAAUUUUGUAUACAUUGUAUAUUGUAUAAAGUUGUAAAUAAAUUGUGUAUAAAGUA